GCGCCCGGGAUGCCGCCGCCGCCGCCGCCGCCGCCGCUGCGGGACAGCUUCGGCUUCGGGUCCCGGUCUGGCCCCGAGGGCGCGGGGAGCAGGGCGGCCCAAGGCGCCUCGGCUGCAGCGGGAGCGCACUGAGCGCCCUCCAGCCCGCCCGCCAUGUCCAGGAAAAAGACCCCCAAGAGCAAGGGAGGCAGCGCGCCCACUACCUCCGCACUGCCCGCGGCCAAAGGGCCCCGGCCGGUGCGCCCCGAGACUGCGCGCCCUGGCCCGGAGGCGCCGCCCAACGGGCCCCCGCAGCCCGGCCGGUCUUCGCUUGGCGGCGGCGGCGACUUCUACGACGUCGCCUUCAAGGUCAUGCUGGUGGGGGACUCGGGCGUGGGGAAGACCUGUCUGCUCGUGCGCUUCAAGGAUGGGGCUUUCCUGGCAGGGACCUUCAUCUCCACCGUGGGCAUUGACUUCCGGAACAAAAUUCUGGACGUGGAUGGAAUGAAGGUGAAGCUGCAGAUCUGGGACACUGCUGGGCAGGAGAGGUUCCGGAGUGUCACCCACGCCUAUUACCGCGACGCUCACGCACUGCUGCUGCUCUAUGAUGUCACCAACAAGGCCUCCUUCGACAGCAUCCAGGACUGGCUGACGGAGAUCCAGGAGUACGCCCAGCACGACGUGGUGCUCCUGCUGCUGGGGAACAAGGUGGACUCUGCCCAGGAGCGGGUGGUGAGGAGGGAGGACGGAGAGCAGCUGGCCAAGGAGUUCGGGCUGCCGUUCAUGGAGACCAGCGCCAGGACGGGCCUCAAUGUGGACUUGGCCUUCACGGCCAUAGCGAAGGAGUUGAAGCAGCGCUUGACCAAGGCCCCCAGCGAGCCUCGCUUUCAGCUCCAUGACUAUGUCAAGAGGGAGGGCCAGGGGGCCUCCUGCUGCAGACCCUGAAGCCAGUUGGGCCCGGCCACUGGGGCACCUGCCUGCAAGGCCGGACAGAACCACACGCCCUGCCUUCACUGGCCAGCCAUCAAUCCCACGGCGUCCGGCAAUCUCAGGCCGAGAUGGCCCUUCCCUCCUCUGGGCAGCCAUCUGGAGCCUCGAUGUGGUCCCAACACACCAGGGCUGCGGGAUGCCAAACAGUCCUUGCCCCCAAGGCCUUCACAGAAAAGCCACCACCUUUUGCAUGAGAGGGGCACGCCAGGGCCUCCAGACCAUGGCGCUCUGCUGCCCCCUCGUGGGCACCGGGUGCCUGCACGUGUACAGUGCCUAAUGCCCUGAGAGCCACGUCUUCAGCAGCAUUCCUGCCCCUGCCUGGGCAGAGGGCUUCACCGCCGCGCUUCACGCCAAGGACCAGAGCAGCCUGCUGCCAGCCCACCCCCCAGGAGGCCUUGUGAUGCUGUGAAGGGCACGUGGGACGUCACAGAAGUGCCAAGGAAACUAGGACUGGCAGCCCUUGCUGCUACCAUCUUGGCAGAGGGACACUGGGCAUGGCCCUCUGAGGCCUGUACUUGGCACGGUCAGUCUUUCGAUGGAGAACUUUUGUUUCCAGUUUUAGUGAAUAAAGUUUUCUGGAAUGUC